AUGCCGGGCAUCCGUCCGGGCCUCGGCCUGCUGGCCGUGCUGGCGGCCUGCGCAGCAGUCGCCUUCCUCGCCUACUGCGUCUCCCUCGACCGGAAGCGGCGCGGCGACCCCGCGCUCCGGCGCCGCCUGCGGGACAGUGAGGGCGGCGGCAAGAGCCGGCCGAGCCCGGCCCAGGCGCGGGGCGCGCAGUUGUGGGAUGCAGCAAAGAAUGAAAAACUACAAGAACGUUUUUUGCAAGAAGUACGUAUGGGAGAACACUGGUUAUCUAGAGGAGAGCAUGGAAUGGGUGUUGAACAUCUCAGCAAUGCUCUUUUAGUGUGUGGGCAACCAUGGGAGCUUCUGAAGGUUUUCAAACACACACUCCCUCCCAAGGUAUUUGACAUGCUGUUGCACAGAAUUCCUCUUAUAUGCCAGCAAUCUGAGGUAGACAUGAAAGAACAGGAAUACUUGGAAGAUGAUCCUGAUUGA